GAGGAGGAGAAGAAGGAAAAGCAAGCGCUGAAGCAGCGCAAGGAAUCAAAGACCUCCAAAGAUGGCGAGGACAAGAAGGACGAAGCCAACGGCAAAGACGGCAAAGAUAAUUCAGACUGGAGCAACUGGUCUGGCUGGAAAGGAGGAGGUGGCGGUGGCAACUCUUGGAACAAGUCCGAUUGGAAAUCCAACUGGAAGUCCCAGCAGAACCAGAAGUGGAAGGACUGGAAGUCCGAUGGCGACAGCGGCUGGAAGAAGCAGAAAGGCAGUGGGGAAGGUUCCCUGGAUGCUGCAAAGCCGGAGGAGUCGCCUGAGGAGUUGGAAAGACGUCAGAAGCGCCUCGCCCGCUUCGAAUCAAAUGCCGUGGCCAAGCCGUCUGCGUCGACGACUUGCAAGAUUGAAUGGUCCGCGACCUCUGAGAAAGAGAAAGGCGAGGAAGCGGGCGAAGCUGCCGGUGAUACCGGCGAGGGGGAGGAGAAGAAGCAAGAGACGGAAGAUGCGGCAAAGGCUGCAGAUGAGGAGCGAGCAAAGCAGAUGCGCAGCGAUGGAGUGCACCAGCGGUCGGACAGUGAGGAGGAUUAG